CGACGCCAAGCAAAUCAAAGCCCUAAUAAAGAACUCACCUUUCCUUUGCUCCACCGUCUUCAAUCUCCAGGUCCACGCUGGUCACGGAUCCUCUACGGUUCUUCAAUCUGGAACCGUGUUGCCUAUUAAGGUGCAUAAGAAUGAGGAGACAGGGCAGAUUCUGAAUUUGGUGAUGGCAUGGGCAGAUGAGGGUAAGGACAUGACGGUGUUGGUUCCGGUGGUUUAUAAAGGGGAGAAGGCUUGCCCUGGGCUCAAGAAAGGGGGUUAUCUGCAAAAGAUAAGGACCACUCUGAAAUACCUAUGCCCAACUGAACACAUCCCACAGAAGAUCGAAAUAGAUUUGACAAAUCUAGAUAUUGAUGAUCGAGUUCUUUUACAAGAUGUCAAGGUUCACGAAUCUUUGAAGCUUUUAAGCAAGAACAAUGCGAUUCCAAUCUGUAAAAUCUUGGCCACAAAGCCUCCAGAGCCAGAAACCAAGGAAACAACUACUGAAGCCAAUUGAACAUCAAAGACUUGCAAAAAGUCUCCAGUUCAACUUUGCGCAUUACUGUUAAUUUCAAGCUAGAGCCUCUGCUGAAGAAAAAAGGGCACUUUCAGGGUCUAGAAGGAGCAUAUUCAUUGUGCAAGCUAUUAUUGACGCUUACAUUUAGAAAUGAAGCAAAAUGUUGUAGUUCACUUAUUAAUGAUAAAAUCUUUAGAGAUUGUCAGGAUUCUGCCAAGGUUGUGUUCGUGUUCUAAGAGGAGUUGAUUUUGAUUUGUAGUGCUACAGGCCAACUUGCUUUACCUAGUUAAUUGAAUUUCUCCAUUUAAUCCCAUAUGGGUUAUUUCA